CUUAAGAGUGAAUUCAUAAAUCAACAUGGUAUCGGAGCACGGAGAUCCGUCUCGACCUACUCCGUCGCUGCGUUAACCGAAGAAAAAAAAAUUCUUUCUGCUUCUCCCUCGCACCAGCUUCUGCCGUGACCAGUCAUGGCUGUCUUAUCACCUGAUCCUAUGGAUCAUCUUCCUACGGGUCUCAAAUUGUUUUUCCGAAAUCUUCAAUCCCUAACUUUGGUCAAGCUUGAUGACACCAAUUAUCCCUCUUGGUCUGCUACUGUUCGUGCAAAUCUUCUUGCUCAUCGCUUACUCAGUUAUGUUGAUGGAUCUGAACCAUCACCACCGGCUCUUAUUCUUGAUGAGAAGGCUACGGCACCAAACAAGGAUGCACCCCCGGUUAUGAAACCAAAUCCAGCGUAUGAAUCGUGGCUUAUUGUUGAUGCUCAGAUUCGGGCCUGUCUCCUUGCGAUUGUUUCCCCCACUGUUCAGACUCAUAUUCAUGCUCUUCCCACUUCUGCUGCAAUCUGGAAUCAUCUCGAACAACGGUACAAUUCUCUUUCACGCACUCAUAUUUUUCAACUGAAGGAGCGCUUGCACAGUGUUACUAAGGGCACUGAUUCAAUGCAAACGUACUUGGAUACUGUUCUCACCAUUGUGUCGUCUCUCAAAUUGGCACAUGAAGAUAUCUCUGAACAAGAUAUUAUUUUGUGUGUUCUUCGCGGUCUACCGGCCGACUACGCCUCUCUCAAGCAAAACAUUCGCACCAAUAUUGCCACAGUCACUUUUAAUCAAGUCUCUUCGUGGCUUCUCUCUGAAGAAUUGAACUUAUCCUUUGAGAAGAGAUUGUCUCUGGGGGACUCUGGCUCUACCUCGAACAAUGGUAGGGUGGUUGCAAUGGCAUCGAGCGUUGAACAGUCGCUGAAGAAGUCGUUUGAGUGUGGGAGGAGCUGCAACGCCAAGGCGGCUGCAGUUGUGGAAGAGUGAUUAGCCAACCGAGUUACUAUCAAUCGGAGUGCCUAGCUACCUUCAAAAUGAGCUCGUGAUUUGGUACUCCGGAAGCACAAAUCUUAUUCAAGAACUUAGGAGUACGCAAGUCAUUAAUGAUAUUCGAAUUAGAGCUGAGUUCUCAACCUUG